AUGGUGAGCGAGAGUCAUCAUGAGGCCCUGGCAGCCCCGCCAGUCACAACAGUUGCGACUGUUCUAGCCAAUAAUGCUACAGAGCCAGCCAGUCCUGGAGAAGGAAAGGAAGAUGCAUUUUCUAAGCUGAAGGAGAAGUUUAUGAAUGAGUUGCAUAAAAUUCCACUGCCACCAUGGGCCUUAAUUGCCAUAGCCAUAGUCGCAGUUCUUUUAGUCCUGACCUGCUGCUUUUGUAUCUGUAAGAAAUGUUUGUUCAAAAAGAAAAACAAGAAGAAGGGAAAGGAAAAGGGAGGGAAGAACGCCAUUAACAUGAAAGAUGUGAAAGACUUAGGGAAGACAAUGAAAGAUCAGGCUCUUAAGGAUGAUGACGCUGAAACUGGGUUGACUGACGGGGAAGAAAAAGAAGAGCCCAAAGAAGAGGAGAAACUGGGAAAGCUUCAAUAUUCACUGGAUUAUGAUUUCCAAAAUAACCAGCUGCUGGUAGGAAUCAUUCAGGCUGCCGAGCUGCCCGCCUUAGACAUGGGUGGUACAUCUGAUCCCUAUGUGAAAGUGUUCCUGCUGCCUGAUAAAAAGAAGAAAUUUGAGACAAAAGUCCACCGAAAGACCCUUAACCCUGUCUUCAAUGAGCAAUUUACUUUCAAGGUACCAUACUCGGAAUUAGGCGGCAAAACUCUGGUGAUGGCUGUGUAUGAUUUUGACCGUUUCUCCAAGCAUGAUAUCAUUGGGGAAUUUAAAGUCCCCAUGAACACAGUGGAUUUCGGUCAUGUAACUGAGGAGUGGCGUGAUCUGCAAAGUGCUGAGAAGGAAGAGCAAGAGAAAUUGGGUGAUAUCUGCUUCUCCCUUCGCUAUGUACCUACUGCUGGUAAACUGACUGUUGUCAUUCUGGAGGCAAAGAACCUGAAGAAGAUGGAUGUGGGUGGCUUAUCUGAUCCUUAUGUGAAGAUUCACCUGAUGCAGAAUGGCAAGAGGCUGAAGAAGAAAAAGACAACAAUUAAAAAGAACACUCUUAAUCCCUACUACAAUGAGUCAUUCAGCUUUGAAGUACCUUUUGAGCAAAUCCAGAAAGUGCAAGUGGUGGUAACUGUUUUGGACUAUGACAAGAUUGGCAAGAACGAUGCCAUCGGCAAAGUCUUUGUGGGCUACAACAGCACCGGCGCGGAGCUGCGACACUGGUCGGACAUGCUGGCCAACCCCAGGCGACCCAUUGCCCAGUGGCACACUCUACAGGUAGAGGAGGAAGUUGAUGCCAUGCUGGCAGUCAAGAAGUAAAGGAAAGAAGCCUUUCUGCAUUUGCCGACAUAGUGCUCUUUAGCCAGUAUCUGUAAAUACCUCAGUAAUAUGGGUCCUGUCAUUUUUCCAGCCAUGCGUUCCUAACACAAUUCAGUGGUACUUCAAAUCCUGUUUUAAUUUGCACAAACUUAAAUGUAGAGUCCCUAAGCCUG